AUGUCGCGAGACGUUGCGGAGGACGGUAUGGAGGACGAACGCGCGGCGAAGAAGGUCAGGCUCAUGGAGGACGAACCCGCUUCGAAGACGGUCAAGAUGAGCGAAGGAACUGCCGCGAACGAUGCUGUACUCAUUUGCAUUGUGAAUGACGCGAGCAACUGGAGUGACCUUCCGAGCUUCCAUCCUGCCUUCACAUACCACGCCUUUGGGAAGGAGGAAAUAAUUCGCGGGUAUCGAGGACUAUCGAUCAUGCUUCGAUUCAACGCAAGAACGUUUGAUUGCCUUGUGGAAGUCAACUUUGACGAACGCGAUGAAGGUGCGGACGACAUCAUUGCCUUGAUGGCGAAUUCGCUACCCAAGGGGUUUACGCAAGACAAAGACGUGUUUCUGCGUGGCCUGGCCGACGUGACCUCGAAACCGUUUGGGUCCCUCGUGAAUGCAUACACCAAGGAUGACAAGGAGUUCGCCACACACUACGCUGUUCUGUACGAGGAUGAUGCCGCUGCUGCAUAUUUCGAUCGCAUGCAGAAGCUGUCGCUUUGGUUCAUCGAAGGGGCCGACGACAUUGACGUCCGCGAUGGUCGGUGGUCGGUCUACGUUUUAUUCGACCUGUCUCGGGGAUUCCUCCAUCCUGCAGGGUACAUCACGGUAUUUGCAUUCAACGCGCCCGUGAAACAGAUCAUGAUGCAGAGCCUGCGCAUUUGCCAAGUGCUCGUACUGCCCCCAUACCAGCGACAAGGUCAUGGCGAGCGCCUAGUCGAAUACAUCAUGCACCAAGCGCGGUCCCAACCAAUUGUGCAUGAAGUCACGGUAGAAGACCCCGUGCCUGGUUUCUCCAUGUUGCGGGACCUUGUCGAUGUAAAGACUUGUCUGUCGCAUGGGUUUUUUGGGCUGCACCCGAGUGAGACACCUGCCAGUCCCGGUCGCGGCACUCAAGUACUCAAGCCAGAGGACAUCGAAGCAGUGAAGAAGAGUCUGAAAUUGAACAAGACCCAAAUCCACCGAUGCUAUGAAGUGCUCAAGUUGCGCCACGUCGACCGCGCCAACGAGCCCGAAUACAAGGCGUAUCGCUUGGAAGUGAAGCGCCGCCUCCAUGCCCUUCACGCGGAGGAUCUGGGUGCUACGAGUAGCGCGGAUCGGCGGAAAGGCUUGCUCGCGAAGCUAUAUGAGUCGCUGGAAGCAGACUACGAUGUGAUUCUUGAGCGUUGCGGCCUACUUCCUCAUCCAGAGAGCUGAUGGAAUUGAAAAACCUGCGAUAUGCGUUGAUGUAUAUUGGGUUUUUCCAUCUUAUUGGCUGAAUGUAUUUUAUUUAACGUGAAAUGAUAUUAA